GUUCAAUCUAUCAUCUUGACAGCCGGUGGUCGAUUGGCUUAAGUGCAUAACAUGGCGGUCCGCAAGUCGUUUGAUACCUUCUAUUCCCAAAGGUUCCAAUCCAAUCAUUCAUAGCAGCCUUCAAGCUCAGGGGAGAGGCUUUUUUGAGGCAUGGAAAGUCACAAGGCCAUCGUUUGAGAUGACAUGGGAUUCGAGGUGGGAUUCGAGAAUUUCCGUUGUCAAAAAGUAGCUCAGGAUAUAUAAGCCCAUCUCAUGGACCAUGCAUGGCAGGUACCCCAGCCUCGACUUGUUCUGCAUCGUUGAAUUACGAAUGUUGACGAUUCCCUUUUUUCUCACCCUAGUUAUCCUUGUGCAACAACUGGUUCGGGGUGCAGGAAUUCAUGAUUGUCGUGACUCGGACUUCCCGCCAGUGGUGUUCGUUAAACUCCGUGUUGAGGGUGCCAGCAAGACCAUCUUCGAAGGUUGCGUGCCUACCUUUGGCCAUUCUAUCACGACUGCUUCUGGUGGAAAGCAUCGCUGCGACGGUACCAACAACGACGUCAAUCCCAAACCAGGACCUACAUGUGGCACUGCAUUAAAUGACGCAAGCAAGAUCCACAGAUUCGAUUUUGACGGUACAUUUGAUACCCAAUUUGACGACUACUUCAUAACGUCCAUUGGAGGAGAUAGCCAGACCGCUUCUCAGUUUUGGGGUUUAAUUUUUAAUUACCGGUUGGCUACAACGGGAGCGUGCCAAACACAAGUUUCCAAAGGCGACGAAGUCCUCUGGGCCUUCGAUGCCUUCAACGUGAAUAUAAUGCACUUCCUCAAACUGGAAGCGCCCUCUAUUGUGAAAGCCGGGUCGACUGUUUCACUGACUGUAACUGACGGAAAGAACGGGGUUCCUGUGCAGGGUGCUACUGUAACGAGGAGCGAUGGUUCAACUGGCACAGUAGUCGGCACCAGCAAUGAGAAUGGUACCGUUCCCAUUCACUUCCCCGAUUCCGGGGUUUUCUCGUUCAAAGCUAGUAAAGACGACUCGAUUCGUUCAAAUAGUGCUACCAUCUUCGUGAUCCCUUCCAUCGUUGAUACUUAAUGUUCCGCUCGGUUUUCACGAUACCUAAAAAGCGUCCUUUAUCACUUUGGUUUAUGUAUGUAGCCUAUGUAUCUCAUCAAAUCCCGUGUUAUAUGGUUC